UCCACGACUCCACCACUCGAUCUCUGGUCAUCAGACACACCUGCGAUCCGACUCUUUGUUCGAGAGAGCAAUGGAGAUGGUGGACCUCCGACUUCGUCUCGGCAGCAGCAGUGGUGGCGGCGAUGACGACGAGCCCAGCACAGCCAGCUGUAACAGCAGGGUGGCGAGAUUGUUCGAAAGCUCAAGAGAAUACCACCACCACCAGCAGCAACCGCAGCAGAUUACCUUGUUGUACGAUGGUCGAAUCUGUGCCUGCGAUGUGACAGAGAUGCAGGCGAGAGCAAUCAUCGCCAUGGCCAAGCGAGAGAUGGAUGGCCACAUGAAGAAGACGACCCAAGCACACCGGCAACCGAUAGAGUCAUCCCUGCCGCCAUCGUCUCCUCGUCCCGUGGAGCGGCUGCUCAUCAACCCCGAGCUCUCGAUGAAGCGAUCACUGCAGCGGUUCCUUCACAAGAGGAAGUCCAGAUUACAUGCUCUCUCUCCUUACGGCCACGGACCGCAAAACUUGUACUCCAUCAAGUCCUUGCAAGUAUUGUGUUCUUCUUUGAGAUGGCACUUUGCUUCGUUUCAAUGAGCAAGUCGAACUUCUACAGUGUACAGUGAGCCCGUCAUUGGAUGGAUAUCAGCUCAAUAAAAAGUGCCAAUUGACUCUGAUAA